AUGGGUCUCUCAAUCUCGAAGCUCUUGUCCGGCCUCUUCGGCAAGAAGGAGAUGCGCAUCCUCAUGGUCGGACUCGACGCUGCAGGAAAGACGACCAUCCUGUACAAGCUCAAGCUUGGCGAGAUCGUCACCACCAUCCCCACCAUCGGCUUCAACGUCGAGACGGUCGAGUAUAAGAACAUUUCGUUCACGGUGUGGGACGUCGGAGGUCAAGACAAGAUCCGUCCUCUUUGGAGGCACUACUUCCAGAACACGCAGGGCAUCAUCUUCGUCGUGGACUCGAACGACCGCGAGCGUGUCUCUGAGGCGCGCGAGGAGUUGCAGCGCAUGCUGAACGAGGACGAGCUCCGCGACGCCCUCCUCCUCGUCUUUGCCAACAAGCAGGACUUGCCCAACGCGAUGAACGCUGCCGAGAUCACCGACAAGCUCGGCCUCCACUCGCUCAGGCAGAGGCAGUGGUACAUCCAGGCGACGUGCGCGACGAGCGGUGACGGUCUCUACGAGGGUUUGGAGUGGCUCUCGACCAACCUCAAGCGCCGGGCAUGA